AUGUUAUACGCACGAGGCCACUUUUUUACGGGCGACGACAGGACCUGGUCAGGUCCGAACAUGGCAGUGGCCGCCUUGAUACAGCGCUACUUGGACCAGCCCGACUACGCACUCGAGAACCGCGAGGCCACCUUCUACGAGUUCGAGAGGACGGUCAUCCGCGUGCAUAACGUGGGACACGAAGAAGAUUACGAUUACGAUGGCCUCGACGACGACGACGACGACGACAACGGCAACGACUACGAUCACCACGACCGCACACGAGAUGAUGAACACACCGCUUGUUUGGAACAAGCGACAACCAACGCACUGGCAUCAUCGCAACAGAGCGAGUCUAGAGAAGACGAAGAUGAAGAUGCGCGACAUCAUGCGGGCUUGAUGAGAGGAAUCGCGGGUUAUAUGCGGAAAGUGUACGGUCUCCACUACGGCGUGCGUCUCCAUUUCGGCCGACGCGCGACCGAACUUGCCCGGCAAGGCCACCGAUCCUGUAGUAAUAGCCCUCUUCGCAAAUACCAAGGCGACGAUGAACCCAAUGAAGGCGAAGGAGCAGCCAACGACGACAACAACGACGACGAAGACGACGAUGGCGACUGUUCGUUCUUUCACUUCGCGGCCGACGUGGACUUAGACGGCGGCCUGGGACCCUACGCCCAUGCCCUCGCCUUCGAGCUGGCCCAAGCAAGGACCGACCUCAUGUUGGGCCUCUUUGAGAGCUUCUUCUCUUCGUCGUCGUCGUCGUCGUCGGUGUCGGCAUCGAGAGCCAGCCGCUCCUUGUCGCUGUCGGUCAGGGAUGGCGUGGAGUGGACGCUGAGCGCGCAGGCGGGCGGGCCGCGCCACUUUGCGGUGCGCAUCGCCUUUGCCGACGACAGGCGGCGCCAGCUCGUGAGCAACAUGUUCGGCCACGACGUGCCCUACUAUGCUCCGUUGUUCCUUGACAUGAGAGGAGCCGGUUCCCCAGUUAAGCUGAGCUGUGACGGUGCCGGUGCGAUGACGCUGAUCUGGGACGUGGCGAUGCUCGAGGCGCAAUUUCAAGGCCCCGCGCCGCGGCGCCGCAUGUGGGCGCAGCUGGCCCAUUGCCACCGCGCCGUGACCCUGGCCUGCUGCCAGGCCAUGAGGGAAUGGCACGGGCGCUUCCGGUACAUGUGA